AUGUAUUUAUAUGACAUGGAGAUACAAUACAAUAAGUCAAUAUCUUUCUCUAAGAUCAGGAAGGCCGGGAAGUUUCUCCACAAUCACGGUUUGGUCGAAGGUAUUAUUAUUGUUGUUUAGUGACGAGUAACGGCAAUGUCUUGAUGUCUCGUGAUGUCUAACCCACCCAGAAAGCCUAGUUGGUCAAAACGGGACUCCACUGGAAGUGUGCAUCAAAAUCGUUUACUAGACCUGGCCAACAUUUCUGCAUCCAGCAUGAACGGCACAAAUCCAGGAGAAACUGGUGAUGUGCAGGUCAGUCGGAACUCGUCCUUCUCCAAGGAGACCACCCAGGUUUUGCAAGACUCUUGUCCCUCAACACCUCAGUCACAGACCCUUGAAUCAUCUUCAAACAGUGGGGGUAUUGAUAUACCAUUAACAACAGGUAGAGAUGGAACUCAAGUGGGUGUGGUUGGGGGUGGGAGCUCAUCAUCAGGAGGAGAGCAUCAAUCCCCAUCUCUUGUAUCUGUUCUUCAGUCUGCUUCAUCUCCACCCAGUAUGUCCUAUCUUAGCAGUCCUGGACCUGGUUCAGUAGUGCCUGGAUCUGGUAGUAUUGGUCCAAGGGGAGGAUCAUCAUCAUCAUCAGAGAUCAGUGGAGGUGUCUCUACAGGAAAUAAUGCAGGAUCUUCUCUCACUGAUCAAUCAUUUGGAUGUGCAUCAGGAAGCACAGUGCCAAUCAGUGCUGUGCUUAAUGCCAGUGGGGAGGACGCAAGCAGCUCAAAAGAAGAUGAUUCUAUCAGAAGUGAACCAGUAAGAGGUGCAAGUUCUACCCCAGAUCCAAUGCAUCCGUCUCAGUCUGAACCUAUAUUCCUCAAGCCUGGUGAAUCUCUCUUUGUAGACUACCAAACCCCCGUCAGUGGCCGUGAGGACCGCUCACCAAAAUCAGCAAAGAAGAAACCAAAAUCAUCCCCCUGGUACAGUGUGCUUGCCUCAACCUACAAGUCAAAGUGUGAGGAAUUCAGAAAGUUAUUCAAAACCAUUCCAAGCAAUGAAAGGCUUCUUAUGGAUUAUUCAUGUGCUUUACAGAAGGAUAUCCUGGUCCAGGGAAGGAUGUUUAUUACAGAAGGUUGGCUGUGCUUCUAUGCUAACAUAUUUAAAUGGGAAACUGUGUUGACGAUACGUUUCAAGGAUGUGACAGCUAUCACCAAAGAGAGAACAAUUCGAUUCAUUCCAAAUGCUAUUCAGAUCAGUACAGACAGUGAGAAGUAUUUCUUCACCUCAUUCAUGUCAAGAGAGAAGUCUUUCCUGUUAUUAUUCAGGAUCUGGCAAAAUGCUUUGUUGGAACAGACAAUGCCCUCAUCAGAAUACUGGAGCUGGGUCCAUAGUAACUAUGGGAGUGACCUAGGUAUCCAGGGGGAGGAGCUUCCUGCUGACUUCCUUGAAGCGGAAGGUCUUGAUAAUCUUGAUAAUGAGGAUAGCACAGAAGAUAUCUCACAGAGUAUAGGAUCAGAGGAUCAAAGCUUUGAUGAAGUAUUUUCAGGUUCAAAGGAUGAAUCUCAGACAGAUGAUGGAGAUGGUAUCACAAUGACGGUCCCAUCUCAAGGCAAACAGAAUGAAGCGGAUAAUUCAUUAGAUACAGCUGAAGACAUAGGAGAAGUUGUUGAUCCAUUGAGUUCAUUAGACUUUGGAGGAAAGGAGAUUAUCAAUGAAACAUUUGAUAUUCCUGUUGAUAGAUUAUUUACCGCCCUCUAUGGCAGUCAACAUUCAUUUUGUAAGAAGUUCUUGGAGUACAGGAAAUGUACAGAUAUAGAAAUAGGAGACUGGGUACGGCAUGACUCUGAUCGUGACAAGAGAAAGCUUAGUUAUGUACUACAUCUUAAUACAUCACUUGGGUAUAAAGCUUGUGGAGUGGAAGAGAAUCAUAUGUUCCAAAAGAACUGGAGUAAAACUGGACAGAGCUACAUUGUUGAGAAGGAGGUGUACAAUAAGAAUGUGCCUUACUGCGAUUACUUCUACGUUCACACCUGUCAUGUAUUGACCAUGAUCUCACCUACAAGUUCUAGAUUAAGAUUUAUCAUGAGACUUGAAUUCUUGAAAUCAGCGCUUGGUUUGGUGAAGAGCUUUAUUGAGAGGAAUGUAGAAUCAGGUGUGAAACAGGGUGAAAGAGAAUUAGUAAAAUUCAUUCGAGAUCAUCUUGAAUCUGUUGCGCCGCCAAAGAAGAGGAAAGGAAAGAAAAGACGAUCGCAGCAUCCAAACAGAGAAACAGAAGAGAAGAGAAGGACAGAGGUUCAACCACAAUCAACUACUCAAUCAGGGUUCCUUGCUAAUCUUACUCCAGUAUGGUUUCAACCAAACACUGAGACCAAACUGAGUCUACACAGUACCAUGGCAUUCAUAUCUAUCAUUUUGGCUGUACUAUGUGUCUUCAAUGUAUCAUUAUUCCUUCAAUUAAAGUCUUUAGAGGAAGGGACGACUAGCAAGCAGGUUUGGUCCAGUGCUGAGUUUGUACAGAAACUUGGGGAGUUGCCCAAGUCUGAAAAGGAUUGGACUGUCUUAUUACAACAGCAACAACAAAUGCAUUCUAAAGAGAUGCAGAAAUGGAGAGAUAUAGUUGAUCUUUGCAUACAGCUUAUUAAACAGAUGGAAGCAACAUUAGGAGAGUUACACAGUGGGAUCUCACCAACUGAUAACAUUCCAAAUAUCAAGGAACUACUCCAACCUUCACAACAAGACAUUAAUACUGAUCAUCAAACACCUGAUGGGGGAUAGUACCAUCUCAGGAAUAGAUGAAUUAACACUGCAGAUGAGAGAGAGAGAGAUGGUCAUUCUGUUUGGUGAUAGAAAAAUACAGGGUAAAAUGAAUUAAGAUUUACCAUCAACAGCAGCCAGGACAUUACUAUUAUAUUCACCAUUUCUAUCAAUCUUAGUUUUGUUCAUGAUAAUUUUAAUAGUAAAUGAGAGAUGGUUAUUUUAUUGUCAAGCGAGUGAUGUGAAAUAUGGUCAAUUUGCUAUCAUUACUAUUGCCCUUAGGAUAUUAAUGUUAUAUUCACUGUAGCUAACAAUUAUAAGUAUAUUCAUAUGAAUGUGGAAUGAUGAUUUAGCCAUCAGACAGCAAUGAAACAGAGCCUUUUAUGUGAAGUAAUAGUGUGUGGAAAAGCUCCACACAUACACAGCCAGUGUGUUUAUCUUCUUCAUCUUGAAGCAUCAAUUACUUUUGAAGAAGAUGAGAGAUAGUAAUUACUUCUUUGGGGCAACAGUAUAAUUAUAUUCAUGAUAUAAACAAUCAAAUACAUUUUGCACAAUGCAGUGUUAUAUGGUAAAUUUGCUUUUAAAGAGCAGAAGAAGAAUCAUUCAAUUAUGCAGACAGAAGUAUCACUAUCAUCGAAUCCUAGCCAUGGCAUGUUUUCCUUCAGCAAGAAAUUUAUCCACACUGUGCUGCACUCGACCCAGGUGAAUG